AUGUGUCGCCCAAUCUCUACUCUCCUUUUAAUCUUUGUUCUCAUUCACAUCACCUCGUCAUUCCUUCAACCUCAACCAACUUGUGACGGUUGUCCGACAUGUCAGAAUGCAAACGGAUGUCCUGCUGCAGUAGGCGGUGGCGGGACAAGUGAAACUAAAACUGAGUCCACAGCCGAAUCGACAACUCUCGGAUACUAUGAACAGUAUUGGCAGGGCAACGGAUGGAAGACUGAUGACGCUGGAAAUGUAUAUGUAGGAGAUGAUAAUGCUAAACUUUUAUUAAUUCAACAAGGAACCUAUUGUCCUGUUUCAAUUUGUAAAGGAUGGUUUGGCAUCUGGUGA